AUGCAUGCUAAAGACUUCUCCCCUGAGGAAAUGUCCAUCAAACAGGUGGGAAGGACGCUGCACGUCUGCGGGAAGACAGAGAAGAGAGAGGAAGAUGGGGAAGGUUCUUACUCGCACAGGGUCCAGGAGUUCAGGCGGGAGUUUCUCUUGCCUGAAGGAGUGAAUCCAGAGGAGCUGAGCUGCUCCCUGGCUGAAGGAAAACUAUUCAUUCAGACACCAAAGACACAGCAGUCUGAAAAACCUGACAGACUGCUAACCAUCGACGGCAGUAAAGCUGAUGAGAUGCGAGAACUCUCCCAGACCGCCGCUUCUGACGUGGUCCAGCAGGUCUCCUACGCAGUGGAGAAAGAGGGAGGAGGUUUUGCCUUGAGCAUGCAUGCUAAAGACUUCUCCCCUGAGGAAAUGUCCAUCAAACAGGUGGGAAGGACGCUGCACGUCUGCGGGAAGACAGAGAAGAGAGAGGAAGAUGGGGAAGGUUCUUACUCGCACAGGGUCCAGGAGUUCAGGCGGGAGUUUCUCUUGCCUGAAGGAGUGAAUCCAGAGGAGCUGAGCUGCUCCCUGGCUGAAGGAAAACUAUUCAUUCAGACACCAAAGACACAGCAGUCUGAAAAACCUGACAGACUGCUAACCAUCGACGGCAGUCAAGCUGAUGAGAUGCGAGAACGUCUGUAGCAGAAUCGUAUGGCUCCGCACGUAUGGC